AAUUUCAGUAAUCAGGCAGAUUUUCACAUUUAUAAACCUUAUAUUUACAAAACCCGUUUACUCCUGCCCAAUCGGCUUCAAAAUUGUUUCAACUGAAGUUAAUACCGAGAAAUCGGUCUUAUAUAUUUCGUUACAACAAUCAAUUUUAUUUUGCAUUGCCACUCUUGUUCCUGUUCCUCAUCGAAAUGAAAAAGCGUGGAAAUAACAAAGUAAUAGGUAUGCUGACCGUGACCCAGGUAAAGCGCAAGGAACUUCCGGAUGCUGUGAUCAUCAAGCGACCCAAGUACUUGCCCUACCUCUGCAACCUGAUCAUGCCGAAAAUGGUCUACGAGCACAAGGACCGGAUCGUGGUGGCCCGGCUGUUCAUAGAGAUCCAGAAGCACGACCAAAAGGCUGCAGAUUUCUUUGACGGCUGCAAGGCGCCCUGCUUCCAAGUGCCGCGCUCCCUGUUUCCAUUGCGCGCUCCCCUGGACAAGAUCGUCUAUAUGCCCACGCUGUUGCUGCCGCCCGGCUUCGAAGCCGGCGGGGUGUUCGGUCCAGGUGUCAUCCCCCGGCGGUUCUAUCCCAUUGGCCUGAUGCCCGCGGAUCACAAGGGUCAAACGCCGCCUCUGUUCGUGGGUCGUCGCUGUCUGAAUCCCCAGUUUUCGCCGGAGGUGAAGAAAAUCAUCGAAGCAGGCUCUGCCCUUCUCCCCUCACCGCCGCCCGCUUGGCCGUCACCGCCCGUGUGGAGCGCCCUCCCCGCUCUGCCCCCUCCACCCGCUCUGCCCCCUCCACCCGCUCCAUCCUCUCCGCUAGCUUCAGCGCUCACUCCCAUCCGCGUACCGAAGAUGCCUCCCCCGGUAAUGAUGGCACCGGUCAGCAAGGAAGUGAUCAAUCUGGAGAAAAGGCUGACUCGGAAUGACUUGACCGUGGCCCUGGUGAUCACCCCGCCGGUUUCACCGAUGAUACGGUCACCCUACCCGAUUCGCCCUGUGCCACUGCAGUACAACAUAUAUACCCCGAAUCUGACCAAUGUACUGGUGGUCAUGCCGCGCAUGUGCAGCCUAACGGUGGCCAUUCUCUCCACGGUGAUUCAUCCGCAUAUUCCCGCGGUCGCCUUCGCCACCAUGGGCGACGAGCCCUGUCCAGAAUUUGAGCUUCCCGAGGACCUCUUUCCCCAGAUGGAGGCACGGAAGCGUCCCAUCUUUCUACCCAUGCGUUUCCUGCCCAAAGGAUUCGAGGCUUGCUGCGUCUUCAGGCCGGGAGUCCUUCCGGAUGCCUGGUUCCAGGGGAGUCUGUGCCACGGAACGCCACAACCACAACAUAGCUCCGUCAUCACACCACCGCUGCUUGUGGGCAAGUUCUCGAGGGAGGAGGAGGCGAGUUGUUUGCUUGAGGAGCUGAAGAUAGAGGCCAUGAACUUGGAGUGUUUUGGCGAUAGCAUGGACGAGGGAUCUCUCCCAGCUAUGGAGUUUAAGCCAUCGACGAACUGCAACAGACCCAAUGGCUUUAUCUUGCUGGAGACGGAGAUCAGGAAGACGCCAAGGGGUGCUUUCAGGUUGGACGACUACAUUGAUGCCUAUGAUUUCGGAUGCUGCAUCAAAAUAACCCGAGAGGAAGCCUCUGAAACCCUGAUGUUGACAGAACCAGAACCAGAACCCCCGGUGGCUUUCGAAAAUAUCGGUAGCGAUGUGUGCCAAACUGAAUGGCAAGCCGAAAUAGAAACGGAAACGGACACAGAAACGGCAAUGGAAGUGGAUAUGGAAGUGGAUUUGGAAGUGGGUAUGGAUGUGGAUAUGGAAGGGGAUAUGGAAACGUCAACAUCCGAGGAGGGUCCCCAAGGAUCCAAGGAGAAGUACCUCAAGUAUUUCAAAAUGGACAGUGACAUCGAUCUGAUAGCCGAGGCUGUGGGCGAUAUAGGAAAAGCGGAAAUCGAGCUGCUAAUCGGGAAUAUGUCGUUGCCCGAAGUUGACGUCGAUCGCGCCUUGGGGCAGCUGCGCAUUAUCCUCGAGGACCGGGACAAGAUCCGCCAGGAGACCGCCCAGCGGAUGCAGGAUCAUGUCGAGGGAAUGGAAAGGAGCCGCCGGCAGGCUUUGCGCAAGAAGAAGCGUCCCGACUGCUCCUCCUGCCCCGCCUGUUCCGCCUGCUCCGAGUGCAGCAAGAUGCACUAAAAGCUGUGGUCAUGUCAUUCGUCCAUUUGCAAUUAUAUAUGUUCAUACGUUCUUUUGUAA